UUUAGUCAGAUUGGUGCCCUAAAUUUAAAACUUAAACUAAACUAAAGCUUUUAGUCCGACAACUGAAAGAAAUGUGAAUUAUCAUAAAAAUCGUUUUACUGAUUUGUUGAAUACUAAGAUCAUGACGAGGUCAGAAUAGAAGAGGGGUGCAGACGAUCUUGCUAUCAGUAUCUCCAUACCACUCCAUACUUGAGACAUACAUCUGUUCAUCGGCACUUUAAUAAGUGGACAUUGGCGUUUUCAGAUUGACUAUCUUUCAUGCCUCAUCUCUGAAUGCGGUUGUGUAUAUAUUUAUUGCGUAAAGGGAGGGGUCCAGUGGGAUGGAGCAGAGAUUCAUGCAGUCCGCGAUGGCUAUGGGUGCACAGUACAAGAAAGGCUUUUCCAGGAGCAUUGCCGUGGAAAGAAAAAAUCUCAUCACGGUUUGUAGGUUUUCUGUGAAGACACUACUAGAAAAGUACACAGCAGAGCCUAUCGAUGACUCAUCUGAGGAGUUCAUUAACUUCGCUGCUAUUCUGGAGCACAUACUAAGCCACCGCUUUAAAGGCUCUGGCAGCUGGUUCGAUGGUCAGCAGAGUUUUUGGGACUUCAUCCGUCUGGCCUGCAGUAAAGUGCCCAAUAACUGCAUUAGCAGCAUUGAGAACAUGGAGAACAUCAACUCCUCUCGAGCUAAGGGCAGAGCGUGGCUGCGAGUUGCACUCAUGGAGAAACGGUUGUCUGAAUACAUCUCAACAGCUUUGCGAGAUUGCCGCACCACCAGGAGGUUCUAUGAUGAAGGUGCCAUCAUGUUGAGAGAGGAAGCAACUGUUUUGACUGGAAUGCUUAUUGGACUUGGAGCGAUCGACUUCAGUUUCUGUCUGAAAGGGGAGGCUCUGGAUGGGAAGUCUGAGGCGGUUAUUGACUACACACCUUACCUGAAAUUCACACAAAGUUAUGAUUAUCUCAGUGAUGAUGAGGAUGGUCAGAGUGUGGAUAGCAGUAACAGUGACGACAGCGUUGAGCAUCCAUACAUUCCUCUUGUCACAGAUGAGGAAAGCUGGAGGAACAAAUGCCGCAAGAUGGAGCAGAGAUUCAAGAUCAUCAAUGCACAAAAGGGCUAUCUUGAGGAACUGGUGAGGUUACGAGAAUCUCAGUUGAAGAACGUGGAGACAGAGAAUAAGAGACUAACAGAAGGUCUACAAGAACUACAGCUACAGAGCCAGAAAGAAAAUAGAGAACUGGAGAACAUUAUACUGGAGCUGCAGGAACAUCUGACAAGUCUAAUUCCAGGUGAAUCAAAUCCGCUGUCUAAGGAUUUGUCAAUCUCUCUUGUUAACCAAUGGCCAUCACUCCAAAACUACAACAACCAAGAGGAGGCUAAACUCUUCUGCAGGGGCAGUUUCCCAAGCCCUGAGUCAAAUGUCAGCUUAACCUCAGAUUCUCUGAGAACAGAAAGGAAACAGAAUGGACAAGCCUGGUGCACAGCAGAAAAAGACUACACUCCCCCUAUGUUAGGUCUGUGUGGUUCUCUGGCCUCUUUACCCAGUUGUAAGUCUCUACCCAGCCUGAGGUCUACGGAGUGCCUGGUGAACAUCAGCGCAGAGCCCAGUCCUGCUCUAACCCCUAGUUAGGGGCAAUCGAAUAAGACCAAUGCCAAAGGCAGAGAGAAACUGCUUUGUCAGCUAAGGCAUCCAGAGAUAUUGGGCCCUAUUUUAAGAGUGCUAGUGCUAGUGCUAAGUGCAUCAUUAUGCUUGAAGUCAUAUACCAAUGUCAGUGGAAAUGGCCAUGAAGUUUUGAUAUUUUUGUUGAAUCGGCAUGCACUUCAUUUCUACCGGUUGAUUUUGAAAAAUUAAAUACAUUUAUUGAAACAUGAACAAAUUAAUCCAAAAAUAUUUCCAAAUUCAAAUUACACUUCAAACUAAAUGAAAAUAUAAUAAAAAAAAGACAGUGGUAAAAAAUAAAGCAUACAAAAUCCAUACAACUUCUUCCGCUUUUGCAUUGACUUAAAAUCACUCUUCGACAAAAGGUGGAAGAUACAAAAAUAAAUGUAUGAUAACUGAAAAAUAAACCAUGACAUUUAGUUUAACACAAAUAGCAAAUUGUGCUUUGUGCCACUAAAUUACCAUACAAUACACCCACAGUUUGCACGUGUACACCCGGAGUUUGCAAAAAACACUCCCAUCUACGCUCACUUGCACUUUGCGCUGGCACGUAAAAAUAUUGCACUUAUAAUUAGUGCUCUCACGAAAAAUUUUAAAAAUGUUGGGCACGGUCAUAGCGUAUAGUGCUGCGCUUUGCGCAAUCACAAAAAUAGAGCCCAUCAUGGCUUAACUAUGACCUGUGUAUCUUAUGUUAAAUUAAUUUUCCUACUAUUUUAUUUUCUCUUGGCCCCUUAAAGAGGAUGUGGUCCAACAGUAGAUAUAGCAAGGCCAUUGUAAUCUUGGCUAGGGAGCUAAAACCUAUGAGCAGCCUUGCUGUCUACUGCCUACUCUACAUAGGCAGCUGUCUUCUAAGAUGUACAAAAAACUAUUUGUUCUGUGAGAACAGCUCCUAAAGCAAUGUCCUUAUGGAAAUUCAACUCUGUGCAUCUAGUAAGUAGUGCUUCUCACACAAUGGCCAUGUUAGACUUAACUCAAAGUUGAUUUCAAUAGAGUUUGGCAUUAACAUGUUGCUAUGAUAACAAUGCGAUACUCAUAAAAUGAGAGUGCAAUGAUUUUAAAUGCAGUCAUAAAACUGAACAUGGUGCAAUCUGAUUGGCUCAGAUUCCAUGGCCCAAGCUGAUUUGAUAUGUAAUCGGGUAAACCAUUUGGCUUGCCUAAUCCAUGACCCCAAGCUAAAAGAUCCUUUGACAUCAUCAUCUGUUAGCUGAUCAGCUUGCAUACUCUCUCUUUGUCUAACAUUUAAAUUGCUCAGUUGUUUACAGACAUGCCUGUUUCACUGCAGUGCACUUCAAGAGUUUUCUCUUCUGAAACCCUUCUUCUUCCUGCACCAAUCAUCUAGAUCUGCUUUUUGGGGAUUGUAUUGUAUGUUUUGAUUACAUGUCAAAAAGUAGUGUAGCAGAUCUAGCCUACCAAAACCAAACCUACCAACCUUUUCAUUAUAACAC